GGUGUUGCUUCACUCGCGAGAAAGCUCCUUCGGGACGUUGUUGUGGUGGGCAAUGUUUACAUCGAAAGGCGUGUUUAAAAACUCUUUUGAAAUGUUUUCUGCUGUUUUGUUACUGAUCCUUGGCAUACAUGGAGGUGCCUCAGCCAUGACAUGCAGCAGGGAGGGCUUUUUUGGUCAAACAGAAUAUAUGACCUGUCCCCAGAAAGAAGGCUCACCUAAUAAGUAUUGUUGUGGUACUAAGGAAAAUCGAUAUUGCUGUGACACAGCUUUUGGAAUUGAUGAAGAAAUUCUGAAAGAAUUCGCUGACAGAGAACCAAAGGCUUUGGCUCAGGUCCAACCUAACCCAGUGGUGCCCAAGACCAUCGAAGACCGAGAAGGUGUCCGCUCUACUGUGGAUCGCAUCAAAACCAAGCUAAAUGAUACAGUUCAUUCAGCUAAGGAUAAAGUUAAUCCUAAAGUAGGAAUUACAAAAGUCAAAGAUAAAGUUAAGGACAAGGUGAAACAAAAGGUUGAAGAAAAAGCUGUUAAAAAGCUGGAUCCAACAGGAGGGCACAUUAAGUCACUUCCUGUGAUCAUUGGUGUCAUUGGAGUUCUUAUCUUCGGUCUGAUUGUGCUGUGCAUUGUCUGCUGCUGCUGCUGUCCCUUCUGCCUCCUCCACAAACGCCGUAACCGUGGAACUGUUCAUCAACCAGGAAAUGCUGAAGCUUCAGGGAUGCUGCAGCCAGCACCUCAGGGAUAUCCACAGCAGCAGGGAUAUCUACCACAACAAGGAUACCCAAUGCAGCCAACUUACCCAACACAACAGGGUUACCCGCCACAGCAAGGAUAUCCACCACAGCAAGGCUACCCUCCACAGCAGGGAUACCCACCUCAACAGCCAUAUCCAUCACAGCCAACUUACCCAGAGAUCAAAGAAUAAUGAGUGUAGACAUUGACCUGUAUACAAGAGAUCAGUUUAAGCUGACCAGCCACCUCCCUACUCAGAGAAGCAGCUAGCAUAUAACCCUAAUUACCAACAGUGAUAUUCUUCAGCAGCAAGAGACAACAUGAUCUGUGUGUUCCAAACUGUUCUCUAUAAUUAUUCUUUGUAUCUGUGUUGUAUUGCAUACUGAAUAUUAGAUGUGUAAUCUCCAUGUCAAGUGUACUGAUUGCUGUUAGCUCUUAUAGCAAUAUGACUGUCAGUAAUUAGAUUUUUUGAUAUUUAGAAUGAAUUACUUUUAUUAAUGAGAGUCCUAAUAUCAAAUUUUCAGUAAAAAAAUAUCUCUGUGAUUGUAUAAAGCUUUAGCAAUAGAAAAUAAGGGGAAUAUUUUAUUGCUGUUAGAUUACUCAAUAUAUACCCUUGGGAUCAGACAAAAAUCUUUGGGAUCUUUUCUUUAACAUACUGCAGGCAGACUGACAUUAAAGAGAAGAAUAGGCUGGAGGUAUUACUAUUUCUCUUUUUCACUUGGUGAUUGUAUUAUAUAUAUACACAAUACACAAUAUAUAACAUACACAUAUAUAUAUGUAAAGAAACACACACUUGCAUGCACACAUGUGCACAUUCUCACACACAUACAUACAUACAUACAUACAUACAUACAUACAUAUACACAUGCAAACUUAAUGCAGAAAUUACAAUCUAGGUGAGGAAAGUAAUUUUUUUUAUAUAUACCCCCCUCUCUCUCUUUCAACCCUCCCCCUCCCCCUCCCCCUCCCCCUUGCUCACUCUCCCUCUCAACCCUCCCCCCUCCCUCUCUCUCUCUC